AAUAAAUUAAAUGGUAUUUUUGCACGCUUUUAGCAGAGGUGCUGCUAAAUUUACCCGCCGCCUCCACAACCAUUUUUUCAGCUCCCUAUCCACUGUAACUGGCCUACAUCAAUCUCAGAAGACCGAUAAUAUUGCCUCUUAUAAUCAUAAGUUAUUCCCCUUCACCUCAUUUCCCGAUUUUCUAAAACCUGGUCUUUUCCAUACCACAGCUUGUGAUAUUGUCGAAACUCCGCACGAACUGACAGAAUCAGCAGCAAUUGUACACAUCCCUAAAAACUCAACUGAUAUUUUCAGAGAAUGGGGUUGUAGCGAAACCGACAUAUCCAAGAUUUUCGAGAGACGCCCAUCUUUACGUAAAACGGACAUCCAUAUCCUUCAGUCCAAACUUGAAAUACUUUCUCGUUUGGGCAUCAAAUCCUCCGACCUUGUAAAAAUGGUACAUUGUCGUCCACGUUUUCUCAACUGCAAAAUCAAUGUUUGUUUAAACGAACGCCUUGAAUAUUUCGAGUCCUUGUUUGGCUCAAGGGAGGUCCUAGUCAAGGCCAUUGUCCGAAAUCCUUCUCUCCUUACGUAUGACUUCCACAACAAGAUCAAGCCUGUCAUUGCCAUGUACGAGUCAUUGGGCCUUAGCAAAACGGACUUGAUAACCGUGCUUCUAUCUCGGCCCACUUUGAUUCCAAGAACUUCCCUGGAUGACGAAAAGAUUGAUUAUAUCAGAAAAACCGGAGUUUCAAAGAAUUCAAAAAUGUACAAGCACGUUGUCUCCCUCUUUGCCAUAUCGCGCAUAGAGACCAUCCGUGAGAAGGUGCUGAAUUUGGAGAAAUACGGACUCUUGGAGGAUGACAUUUGUAAUCUUAUUGGGCGUUCGCCACUCGUGUUGACGCUAUCCAUUGAUAAGGUACAGAGGCACAUGACUUUUAUACUGGGGAUAAUGAGGCUAUCGGCCAGUAUUGUACUUCGAAACCCGUUCCUGCUCUACUUCAAUUUGGAGACAGUGUUAAAACCGCGGUUUCAAAUAGCGUGUAAAAUAGAGGAUAUGGGGCUUGUUCCUGAAAUCAAGGGACCUGUACUCUUGACAGCAAUGAGGAUGUCCGAUAAGCGGUUUGUAGCAGCAUUUAUAACUUGUCACCCAGAGAAGGAGGCUUUGGAAUUAAUCACAGUGUAUAAUAAAGCAAAAAGUGUGAAGCGAUUAGCAGAGUCUUCGAAGAAGAACUUCACUACAGGAUUUCCUUUCUAAUCAUAUUAUUUGUGGUCUGGAUUUUUGAUUAAUUGAAGAAAUAGUUACAAAAUCAUACUUACAUUCUUUCAGGAAGUAGAUGAUUUUGCUGUGUCUUGGAUUCUCCAACAGCAAGGUAGGGAUCAUCCAAAUAUUUGCUGUAUAUUCAUCUCCUUAAUUUCAACCAGUGUAACUUUGUGUUCGAUUUUCUUUUCCGGAGAAUUAUUUGUUGGGACUAUUUUUAUUUUUUUU